AAAUGUGCUUUCUUUUCCUGUCACUUUGCACAUGUCGGAGGGUCCACUCAUCCUACAGAUGUGCAAAACGCAGAAGACAUAUCAGGUGAUUCAGACCAGCAUAGUCUGCAUAAAGGAGCGGAAACUAGUGAGUCAUCAGACUCUGAUUUCAUUCCCGACUCUUCAUUUUCAAGUGGCUCUGAAGAUGCAAUUUCACUGGAAAGGGUUGCACGACCUACUGGUAAAAGAUUGCCAUUUGGAAAACAUGGGUGCGUGCAAGUUGCUGCAUUCAAACAAGAUGGGAAGCGUAGCUGGAACAAGGCAGAUUACUGCCUAUACUGUGGGAACAAGCAAGCAAAAGUCGCACGUCAUUGUUUAGUGAAGCACAAAGACAAAAAUCUUGUCCGUGAAAUUAAAGCACUCCCAUUGAAGUCUGUUGAAAGAAAGCAGAAAAUCACUGUUCUUCGCAACAAAGGUAACUUGCAACAUAAUUUUCUCGUCUGGGAAUCAGGCUCUGGGGAAAUUGUUCCCCGAAAACGUCCAGCAGCAGAGGUCGCUGCUUCAGAGUACUUACCUUGUGAGUUUUGUCAGGGUAGCUACAAGCGAGAUGGUCUAUGGAAGCAUCAAGUAGAGUGUGCCAAAAGAAAUAAAAUGGUUAGAAAGCACCGAUCACAGUCAAAUGCAAAAAUGAUGAUCCCCGACAGUUCAAGUGGUACAGCAAGUGAAAGUCUGAAGACAAAUGUUAUCAGUCGAAUGGUGGCAGACGACAUCACCCAAUGUGUCAGGAGUGAUGCUGAUAUCUUGUUAUUUGGGACCAAAAUGAUAAAGAGUCAUCCAGAACCACAUCAAGCACUACCCAUAUCACAAAAUAUGCGUGACUUGGCAAAAGUCGUUGUUGCUGCAGGCAGUAUUGAUGAAACAGUAACUUCUAUCCGGGACCUCGUGAAUCCACAAAAGUUUGAUCUUCUUGUCAUGGCAGUCAAACAGGUAGCAGGAUAUUGCCCUGUAAGCAACAGCUACAAGACAUCAUCUUAUGCUAGAAAUGUGGGCUACCACCUUGAUAAGGUUGUUGCUUCUCUGAAAUCUAUGGCAAUCAAAUCCGAAGAUCAGGAGCUGCAGGACAGAGUGGAAAAAUUCCAAGAAUUGAAGCGGGCAGAAUGGACGUCGGAAGUUGUGACACUUGCACGUCACAAUUUGGACAGUCGCAAAAACAACAAACCACAACGUCUCCCUAUAGCCUCAGACAUCAAGAAACUGACGGGCUGUCUAAAGAACACCAUGCACAAACACAAAGUAGCACUUCAGCAAAAUCCAACUUCCAACAAAGACUGGACAGAACUUUGUCAGUCCACCUUGGCCCUUGUUGUGCUGUUCAACAGAAGACGUACUGGUGAGACGGAGAGACUUCUACUGCGUUCUUAUAAAAUGGCAGAGAAUAAUGCAGACAUUCAGCCAGAUGUGUUCCAGAGUCUUGGUGAGGUUGAAAAGGUUCUUGUCCGAAAGUUCACCAGAAUUGAAGUGCGUGGAAAACGUGGUAGAAAGGUCCCUGUGCUUCUAACUAAGGAAAUGGUGGAGAAUGUAGAUAUGCUGAAUGCCACUAGAGAGGCAGCUGGGGUUUCACCCAACAACAAAUAUGUUUUUGGUCGUGCUUUUUGCAACUCCCCAUUUCAGGCUAAAGCUUCAGAUUGUCUGAGGAAGUAUUCCAGUCUGUGCGGAGCCAAGCACCCAAAAACUUUGAGAUCAACUAAACUCAGCAAGCAUAUUGCUACCAUGUCUCAAUUACUUUCUCUGAAAGAGAAUGUACUAGAUAUGCUUGCCAGCUACAUGGGUCAUGACGUGAGAAUUCGUCGAGAAUUCUACAGACUUCCAGAAAGCACCCUGCAGCUCGCGAAGGUCUCAAAGGUGCUGCUAAUGAUGGAGAAGGGUGAAACAAGCAAAUACAAAGGAAAAUCCCUGGAUGAAAUUGACGUCUCCCUGGAAGAUGUUGAUGAAGACUCUGAGUCAGAUCACGUAGUUGAUGGGGAAAGUUUGGAAGAAACCCCAGAGUCCUCGACCGGCACCGGCACUGGCACUGGCACUAGAGAGUUUGGUGAACCCUUCAAGCCCAAUGACGCAAAUGCAGUGGCCCAAGACAGAGAAACCCCUGAGUCCUCCACCAGCACCGGCUUUGUGAGAGAGUUUGGUGAACCCUUCAAGCCCAAUAACGCAAAUGCAGUGGCCCAAGACAGAGAAACCCCUGAGUCCUCCACCAGCACCGGCUUUGUGAGAGAGUUUGGUGAACCCUUCGAGCCCAAUAAUGCAAAUGCAGUGGCCCAAGACAGAGAAAUCCCUGAGUCCUCCACCAGCACCGGCUUUGUGAGAGAGUUUGGUGAACCCUUCAAGCCCAAUAAUGCAAAUGCAGUGGCCCAAGACAGAGGCAGUGUGGGACAACAGAAGAAAAAAAGACUGUGUCAGCCAUGGACAGCCAUCGAGAAAAACUUCAUUGCCACUCAUUUUGGACAGGCCCUUGAUCUAGGGAGGUCUCUACGAAAAGCUGAAUGCGUAGAGGCACAAGACCUACACCCAGAAUUGAAAAAGCGCAAGUGGUCUAACAUCAAGGAUUAUGUUCUAGCUGAAGCAAAACGGAGGCGCAAGGAUGCAUCUCAUCAGUAGCAGCCAAGCAUCUGAAUCUGGCUUUUUAGUCUAGGGGCCUGUUUGUUUCACACUGAUCUGGAUCUCGAACAGUGAUCCCAACGCUGGUUCGCUCCAACCUUUAGGCGGCUUCUGGUGUCAGUUGACCAACGACGGAAUAAAUUCCAUAUACGGACUCUACUUAUCUGUCACCAAACACAUCAAUUUUCACCUCACCUUGUGUUUUCAUUGAAGCGAAAUCCAGGAGGUUUGGAAACCUGAAAAAAUCUUGGGAAAAGUGUGUUUUAGGGCACAUUGUAGGGGCACAUAUCAUUCGCACAGCCGAUGAAGCAGAGGAGGGAAAAGCAGAGAAAGUAACGAUAACGUCUUGGUGCUUCAAAAUUCAUUUAAAAAAAGUGGAGUCCGUAUAUGGAAUUCUUUCCCCAACAACAGAUCACUGAUUGCAAUCGGAUCCAUGCAAAACAAACAGGCCCGUAGUCCAAAUGUAUUGCAAUUGUGUGCAAACGCGAAAUUGCAAAAAGCAAAAGUAGGUCCUGCAAAAUUGCACUACAUUGUACAUGUAAAAUGUCAUGUUUAAUGACGUCAUGAUGACGUCAUUAAACAUGUGAUUUUAUAUUUUAUUUUUUUCUUCGGAAAUCUUUGCAAAUUUUGAUAUAAUUCAAGUCUCCUGUCCCUCCACUUGAGUGGGAAAUUAAGUUACAUUGUAGAUGGCGGUCCUGUUUCAACAUCAUAACUUAAUUUGUGGUAUUCACAAUUCUUAUUUUGACUUCGGACUUGAAACGUUUGGAGUAGUCUUUGGCAAAUGGCAAGUUAGGAUUGGUUUUGAGGUCAAUGGUCAAGGUCACAGUGGUGAGUUUAAGGUAAAUGGUCUGGAUUUUAACUAAUUUAGAUAUGAUAUUUGGACCAAAACUUCAUUCGGCAGGGGUAGUUCUUUGAAGAAAAAAACAGUUUGGAUCGGCUCUGAGGUAAAACAAAAUGUCAAAGGUCAAGGUCACAGUAGUCAGAAAAGGGUAAGUGGUUUCUGGAUCAUAACAUCAGUUUGAAACUUCUAUGGGGUCGGUUGUGAUGUCAAAAGUAAAUAACUUCCGGAUCAUGUCUUCAGUUAGAAAAGAUAUUUGGACUUGUAUCCUCCAUGGGGAUUGCCCAUUGGCUGAGGGGUUUCAACAGCAUUCCUGUUAAUUUUUGAAUGUGUAGGAUGUGUGCUCACUUUUACUGUGUUUCUCAAAGGAUGUACUCACUUUUAUUAUGUCCUCGUGUGAAUUGCAUUGUCUCUAAAUAUACAUCCCAUGAUGCAAUUUCAUAUCAUACACAUGCAAUACGGCAACUUCAAUUGAAAUGACACAUGUUGUUCAGAUACACGAUGAUGGAGAGACUAGCCCCAAACUAAGUCCCUUGCCUAUUCACAGGCUCAUGUCUGAGCCCAGGCCCAUACCUAGGCCAAGAUUUCAAACUCGUUCCCGGCGUAGGCCAGAGCCAGAGCCACCGUUGGUACAUUGGAGACACAUUUCACCAGUUUGGACAAAGAUGAUACUAUCAGGAGUGAAGAAAAAUCACCAAGAUGUCAAGAUCCUCUGGGUAGCAAUAUUGUCAGUCUUUAUAUUGACUUGCCUAAUUGGUGGCUGCCUGGCUCGGCAUUUGUGGGUACUUCUCUAAGUAAUUCAGGUGGGUGUAUUUGAAUAACCGUUUCUCUCAAUAACGAAAAAUGUUACAAAGGAGUUAUUAUGUGAUUUAGGGGAGGGGGGGGGAUGACAAGUGGUCAGUGGUCAAGUGAACUUUUCAAAUGUUAUACAUGUAGGUCAGGAAUGUUGAUCAAUUGAUUUGCCCUCUUGCCUUCUUUGUGUGGUCUGCGUGUGCACGGUUACUUAGGAAGGGUCUUUCCAGGGGAUGACCAAAAGAACCAGUCUCCUGUCCCUCCACUUGAGUGGGAAAUUAAGUUACAUUGUAGAUGGCGGUCCUGUUUCAACAUCAUAACUUAUUUUGUGGUAUUCACAAUUCUUAUUUUGACUUCGGACUUGAAACGUUGGGAGUAUUCUUUGGAAAAUGGCAAGUUAGGAUUGGUUUUGAGGUCAAUGGUCAAGGUCACAGUGGUGAGUUUAAGGUAAAUGGUCUGGAUUUUACCUUAUUUUAGAUAUGAUAUUUGGACCAAAACUUCAUUUGGCAGGGGUAGUUCUUUGAAGAAAAAAAAACAGUUUGGAUCGGCUCUUAGGUAAAACAAAAUGUCAAAGGUCAAGGUCACAGUAGUCAGAAAAGGGUAAGUGGUUUCUGGAUCAUAACAUCAGUUUGAAACUUCUAUGGGGUCGGUUGUGAUGUCAAAAGUAAAUAAUCUCCGGAUCAUGUCUUCAGUUAGAAAAGAUAUUUGGACUUGUAUCUUCCAUGGGGGUUGCCCAUUCGCUGAGGGGUUUCAACAGCAUUCUUGUUAAUUUUUGAAUGUGUAGGAUGUGUGCUCACUUUUACUGUGUUUCUCAAAGGAUGUACUCACUUCUAUAAUGUCCUCAUGUGAAUUGCAUUGUCUCUAAAUAGACAUCCCAUGAUGCAAUUUCAUAUCAUACACAUGCAAUAUGGCAACUUCAAUUGAUAUGACACGUUGUUCAGAUACACGAUGAUGGAGAGACUAGCCCCAAACCAAGUCCCUUGCCUAUUCACAGGCUCCUGUCUGAGCUUUGUGUGGUCUGCGUGUGCACAGUUACUUAGGAAGGGUCUAAUUAGGUUCCAUUUUCAAUGAAUGAAACAUCCCUUCCAUUGCACAAAUGAAACAUCCAUAAAUUGUUAUGUGCCAUGUCUUAAAAAACAUUAUAAUUUGCACCGGAAAACGAUUAAAAAGUGAAAUUUAUCAUGCACAAUUUUAAACCAUGGAUGUCAGUUUGCAAGACCUACUUUUGUGAUGAUGCAAGCAAAACUUUAUUGUUUCCAAUGUUUCCAUUUAGAGCCCAGACUGCAGCAAUACAAACCCAUGGCACUGCAACAGACUGCACCGCACUGCAUCAAUCAUCUCAACACAGCCAUCUUGGAAUAAUCAUCUUGGAACAAUAAUUUCAU